AUGUGGAUGCUUCCAGUCCAGAACCAAAGUUGGGUUUCUGAAUUUAUCCUGCUUGGAUUCUCCAGUGACCCCAUGUCCAACAGGAUCCUUUUCAUUGCCUUCCUUCUCCUCUACCUGAGCUCAGUCCUGGGCAAUGGGCUCAUCAUCACCCUGAUUUGCCUGGACAAACAGCUCCACACUCCUAUGUACUUCUUCCUUUGUAUCCUUUCCCUGCUGGAUAUGUGCUAUGUCACCACCACUAUGCCCCAGAUGCUGGUGCAUCUUCUAGCUCACUCUCAGACCAUCUCCUUCGCUGGCUGUUGGCUGCAGAUGUAUGUGUUUUGUGCCCUGGGCCUGACUGAGUGCAUUUUCUUCGUAGUCAUGGCUUAUGACCGAUAUGUAGCCAUUUGGUAUCCACUGCGUUACACUGCCGUUCUCAGUUGGGGCCUGUGCAUGCGGCUGGUGGCGGGGACAUGGGCCUGCGGUUUCCUCUUCUCUCUAAUCCAUACUUUCUUCACCAUGAGGCUGCCAUAUUGUGGACCCAACAUGAUCAACCACUACUUCUGUGAAGGUCCCUCGGUGCGGAGCUUGGCUUGCAUGGAUACUCAUCUAGUUGAGUUGGUGGACCUGGUCAUCAGUGUGCUUGUGCUUGCUGCCCCCCUCUCCCUUAUUCUGGCUUCCUACAUUUGUAUUGCCCUGGCCAUUCUCAAGAUUAAGUCCACGCGAGCCCGCUGCAAGGCUUUCUCCACAUGUGCCUCCCACCUGACUGUGGUCACGUUCUUCUAUGCUCCAGCCACUUACAUCUACAUGAAGCCCAACUCCAGCUACUCCCCUGAACUAGACAAGCAGAUUUCACUAUUUUACAAUGUCUUUACAGCCUUGCUCAACCCUGCGGUCUAUAGUCUGAGGAACCAAGACAUUAAGAGAGCUUUUCUGAAGGUGACGGGGCGUGGUGGUAGGGUGACCUGGUGA